CUCAAGAGUUUGAGAGCAUUGGACUGUUGGAAGAAGAUUGAUCGAUCAUUGUUGUAUUUUACUGUCGCAUAGUUUACUUCAUAGCUUACGAUAUGUCUAGUGAGCUUGAAGCAGAAAGCGUGUAUGACAUGGUUGUAGUAGACCGAGAACAAGAUGUUGGUGUAGUAACACUGCAGUUAUUUAGGCUAUACACUCUACGUAAACUUGGUCGCCAUUUCAAACCAGUCAUACCCUUUGGUCCCCACCUCUUCGGAAGUGGAAAGACAAAAUUCGUACAAAGUUACUUGGAACUGGUGAAUAAUAUGGGUGAAAGUGCACUGAUAGGUCUCGAUUACGUUGGUGAGUCUGAGAAGGCCAACCGAAGAGGUUUCCUGGAGAAGCUGAAAAGGGCUUCAUUGCUCUUUGUGGAUUUGAAGGAGUUGGAGCCCACAGACCCGAAAGAACGCAACCUUGAGUGGGCAGUCUACUAUUUGUUAAUAAAGGUUGCUUGUCUGCAAUCAGGUCUUCCGCAACCAGACCCGGACGAAUGUUUCAAGGAACUGAAACUUAGGACUGAUGCUUUGGUUCCGCUCUUCCGUUCUAUCUUAAGGAUUCCUUCUGAUCAAUAUCUUUUGUUGGCAUUUGACGAAGUUGGUGUCCUUGACGAAAGUCUCGACGAAUUUCAUUUCAAGAGAACCCAUGACGGUAGAGUUCGACCUUACAACGACUUUUUCGGUAUCAUUAGUCAAUUGUGCAAAGAACCCGACUUGUUUUUUAUAGUUGUUGGGAAAAGUGAAGGCUUAAAUAUAUAUAAUUACGUAGCUUCAGUCUCAAGAGUUCAGUUAGUGUUUAUUCCUCUUUCGCCGCUUGAGAAACAUAGUAUCGUGGAACAUUUGGAGAAAAGUUCUUGCUUUUUAUUCCCUGGGAGCCCAAAGGUUUCAGAAAUUCUUUGUCACGAAGACUUCUCAACUAGUGAACUUGCAGGAUUGUUGUUGGAAUUGACUGGUGGUGUUCCUGGUUUACUUGUUCGAGCAAUCAGUUACCUUCUGCUGUAUAAAUCAUCCAACAACAAUUUCUCAUUAUCUAAGGAAACCUUCUUGAUCAUAAUGAAUAGCUUUCUAGUAACAAAUUAUUGUGUUGCGCCAUUCUUACCUCGUCUGAUAAGUCUCAGUGAGCAGCGUAAGUGCUUGUUAAGAAUGCUUACGUUAUUAUCUUUGUAUCGUAUUCGAUUUGAUUUUGAUGAAACUGUGCAAAUGAGCUCAAAUUCUGAUGUGUUUUUGUUUGAUCUAGUUACAGAUAUGUGUCUCUAUCGUCGAUUGGUUAUAGACCCAGACCACAACGAACGCUAUGAAGUGUUGAUACCGAAGUUACUUAUUGAAUAUAUUGACCAAGGCUUAAAGGAUGAUCGUUUAGAAUGGUUACUUUUAGAAACCCUCAAGUCUCAAUCUGUUGAAUUCUUUUAUGAGUCGAAAUGUCGAAUUUUUGAAGGUCUUAUUGCUACACUGUUUUAUUUACAUUUUUCUCGGCAUCCUACAAACAGCUCAAUGUUUUCUACUCUUGGUCAAUGUCUC